GGAAAUGCCGGUUAUUCCUAGGGCAGGACAGUGGCACGUCUCGUCGCGCUAUGAGGUCAAGAACAUAAUUGGAUCUGGGUCCUAUGGCAGCGUUUGUGAGGCGUACGACAAGGAGCGCGAUCAGAAUGUGGCCAUCAAGAGGGUCAAACACAUGUUUGACGACUUGGUUGACUGCAAGCGAAUCCUGCGGGAAACGGCCAUAAUGACAAGGCUCAGUCAUCCCCACAUCGUGCAGAUUUAUGACAUCAUUGAGCCAUCCCACAUGCGGAGCUUCGACGAGCUGUACAUAGUUAUGGAGCUUUGUGAUUCUGACAUGAAGAAGUUGAUCAAAACCGAUGUCCUUCUCACCCCUCUUCACAUCAACACUCUCCUUUACAACUUGCUGGUUGGGCUGAAGUAUUUGCAUUCAGCCGGCAUCUGGCACAGAGAUCUAAAACCAGCAAACUGUCUGGUGAACCAGGACUGCUCGGUGAAGAUUUGCGAUUUCGGCCUUUCAAGAGCAACCUCAUCGGUGCAACAUGCACCGCUGCCAAAUACACCUCGUGGCGAUGAAGAUGCCAGCGAGGUCAGUGGACCCGUGGUGCCGCACACAGCAAAGGCUAAGCGCACAAUGACACGGCACGUUGUGACUCGUUGGUACAGAGCGCCAGAGCUUAUCUUGCUACAGGACAACUACAAUGAGCAAAUUGACAUGUGGUCAGUGGGAUGCAUCUAUGCAGAGCUGCUACAAAUGCUCGAAGGAACUCAUCAUGAGGAUCGUGGUCCGCUCUUCCCUGGAUCGUCGUGCUAUCCGCUCUCUCCAGACCGGAAGCAUCGAAAGGAUCCACGAUUCCACACGCGUGGCAGCACUGACCAAUUGAACGUCAUUUUCGACCUCUUGGGCACUCCAUCUGAAGCAGAGAUAGCCCAACUGCAGACAGAGGAGGCGAAGCAGCACAUUCGAGCGCUGGCAAGACGUGAGCGCAAGGGCGUGCGUAGUCGCUUCCCUGAUGCACCAGAGGAGUCUAUGGAUCUGCUUGAGAAGAUGCUGAAGUUCACUCCAAUAGAGAGAAUCGUUGUUGACGCUGCACUUGACCAUGAUCUGUUCAAAGAUAUUCGUGACAGACAAGUCGAGACUGUGGCGCCAUCUCCAGUGAUCCUGGAAUUCGAUAAAGAACCAGAUCUGGGCGAAGCAGUGCUUCGUAAGGGCUUUGCAGAAGAGAUUGCAAAGUUCCACAAAGCCAGCAACGAUCAGAACUGCGUCGUCCUUUGACUUGCCUCAAUCCAUAGAAACCAUGCAGAGUCAUGUGAGGAACACCUCACCAAAAUGGUUGAGAGCAAUGUGAGAUCAAUUCAAGAACAGGGUGCAAGGAUGCUCCCAACAACUUGAUUUGGUAUUUGUAGCAUACAAAGGAAUUCAAUCCUUUGAAUGGAUCAACUAGCUGAUGAGCAGCGAAUUGAAAGCUUGACAACUCUCGAAUUGAGAGAUUCAAUGCAAUACGCGUUUUCUUCAUUGAUAUGAUUUCAAAGAUAUCGUCGAAAA